GACUAUAUCAAUCGAAAAAAAAUAAAGAUUUAGAAGAAUCUGAAGAAAUGAUUAUAGCAAGGUCUGCAAUAAAAAAGUCUGCUACUACAGUUGCUGUUACAGACAGAAAUGAAAAUGAUUUAACAGCAAAAGAAGCUGAAGAAGAAUUAACAUAG